CGUGCAAAAACGAAGGUGGCUAAUUGUGGAUUUAUAGCUCGAGACUUUUAAUAAUUGGGAAACAAAAGUCAUCGUCGAAAGUCUAUCAGGCGCCGUGGGUAUGGUUACUAAUUUUCCUUUGGGUUGGUUUCUCAAAUGUUUUAACACGAACCUUACAUCCGCGCCGCCUGGCGAAAUUAAAUAGUUUGCGUUGGUAACAUAACAGACAGGAAAACUAACACAUUUGCUUUCUGCCGUAUAUUCAGUUUCCGUGCCACGAAAUCGCACUAUUUUUAGCGGCGACGAAGUCUUUUCACUGUAGCUAAGAGCAGAGCAAGAUCCAUUUGGUUUCGUAAUUUUUAUUUGCUGCGUGACCGGCAAGUGUAUUACAAUAUCACAAAACAUCACGGGGCAAUCAAAUAUGCCCAGCAUGCUCAUUUGAAAGUCGUUAUUUUAAGACGGGUUUCUUUACAGAAGUUCCAAACAACAAAAUAUCAUUUUUUUUGGGCGCAUAUAAUCGAGCUUACGACCCAUGCUAACAUGGCGCAAAUGUUUGGUUUGCGAAGGGCAAAAAAAUACCCUAUCACCGGUACCCAGAGUGUCAAACGGGUAAAAACGCAAGAAAAGGGAUGAUAAGGGAACAUAACUUUUUCUCAUCAAAAGGACCGGUCAUACAUUAAAGGCACCGCCAAAGCGCUUGUGUUCCGUGGAAUAUUAAAAUUUGUGGCCCCGCUACUCGAGAUAAGUUCAAUCACAAAGUGCGGUUUUCAGUUUCUGAAAAGUAAGGCAAGCAAAUUCUAAACGGUGUUUGUACACCUCUCCGUUAUAAUCAACUUUUUACUCGUAAAUUACUCCGGCAAACACACUCUAGCGACACAAAAAGGAACCCGAAAGGACAAAUAAUUAUCGCUGCCAACGUUAAGUUGAGAUCUUUCUCGGUCCUUAACUUAAUUUCAACUAAGCCGGGAGGAAAGGACGCCGCUUUCGUUCGCAAGAACGACCAUUGCAGAAAAAUAUUAUCCUGUAAUACAGCCAAUAAAGUGCUAAGUGAAUUGCAUGGGUCCGACACUUCAUCAAAUAAAAAAAAUUUCAUUAGCAGAUAUUUUGAAUAAGAAUGCCGGAGAUUUCAGAAGGCAGCCGCUAAAAAUAAAUGGCGAGAGAUACUGAAAAAUGUCUGCCCUUUUUCCGAAGAGUCAAGAAGCAAUCAAAAGCGGCCAGAAAGAGGGCUGUAGUUCGCUCGAAGUUGACUCUCCAAAGUAGCCAUUUUGAAAAGUAUGGCAUGAAUGCUGAUUAAAAAUUACAAACAAAUUUCCCCGCCAACCAAACAAUCACCAGAGCUCACUUGUCGAAUUUGAUUGACAUUGAUAUCCUUUUGAGUCGCCGCUCUUUGCUUAUCCAAGAUUGGUAAUGAGAGCGUUUAAUUCAUUUUGUGGUUUAAGACGAUUCGCCGCGCUAAAUCCUCAUUUAGCACGGAACACAAUAGCUCUGAGAGAAGAUUCGGCCCAAUCAGUUAUCGAGAUGGCCGUAAAAGAGCCGCUUUAUUCCCAGAUCGGUCCCAAGUCGUUGGGUUUUCAGUACCUCUCAUUGCAAAGCAAUCAGAGAAAAUUCAACCAGCUGCACUUAAUUAAACCCACCGUCAACAUGUGUGAAGUUGGCAUAAAGCACGUGCUAUCACCCGGGGCACCGAUCCACGCCACCUGAUUGGUGCGGUGUCUUACGCCGUUGUGACGUUCUCUCCCGAGGGAUUGAUCGUUUGUACGCCGCCUUUUGCUAAGCGGCAUCCGUUUGAAGUAGUCUUGCAAGCCUACCGCACUUGAAAACACUUAGACGCAAAUGCGGAGCGCUUUCGAACGCUGCGAAACCUUUCUCGCGCUAGAAGCCUUUCAAGAUCAAUACACGGACGUCUGGAUCUUCGAUCGUGUGGCCAAUUUUUCGUUUGGGAUUUUUCAGUGAUCGGCCACAUAGCACAUUUUGAGCAGUUCAUCGGACCGUCGCAAGUGAUAUAUGUAUUUGAAUAUUUGCUUUGGGGGCUCACCGCGGCGUACUUUUGAUCUCUGCGAGGCAUUCUCUUAGUAAGAUCCGACGAACGACUGUAAAGCAGGUUGUUAGCCUAUCUCGACUGAAUGCGGUCCGCAGUUCUCGGCGAUUCGUAGCUAUGGAUUUGGAGCAAACGCUUCCUAAAGGCUCUCGAAAGGUUUAUUAUGGUCAUAGAGAGUCACAACAGAAAUCUACCACACGUGAAAUAUUACAGGCCGGAUCAGCGGCCGACUGCCCCACAACUAUGCGACCCCCUCCAACCGGCGAAGAUUCGAACGACAUUGAGCGCUCCAAAGGAAAUUUGCUGGCUUCUUUGAGGUCAGAUUCGUUCCUUUCGAGUCCUCGAAUGACACCGAGAAGGUUUUCGAAAAAGGAAUCGAUCGCUAUGCGUGGUUGUUCAGGACUGGAAACAGAGGAAGAGAAGCUUGCGCCGCUGGGCUUUGAACCAGAGGGUAGCGCAGCGUCCACUCCACAAUGCGAGCGGUGGCCUACUAGUUUGAACGAUAUGCUUAUGGACUGCCAUGGAUUUAACUCUUUUUAUCAUUUUCUACGGCAGGAGAACAGUGAAAUUCUUCUAGAUUUUUGGCGAGCAUCCGAAUCAUUCAAGCGAAUGGCGCCGAUUUCACAUGAAAUGCGGACAACCGCCAAAGCGAUUUUCCAGAAGUUUAUUUUCUCUGGGAGUUGUGAUGCUUUAGAAAUCAGCGACUCAACUAGAACGAAAGUAGCGCAGCAUGUUAAUGAUCAGCCUGUGGAUUGUGGGCUUUUUGAGGAGGCUUUAUUAGAAGUCAUGGCGAACAUGAAAAAUAAUCAUUAUCCGAGGUUUAUGAACACAACACUGUACAAGGAGUGUAUUCAAAGCGGCGGCGCGAGUCCUAAAGGGCUAUGUGAACGUUAUUCGCACACAGCCAGAUUUCACGGAGGAUAUUUACCUACCCUUCCUGAGGAGAAAGUUUUGGGAUUUGACGAGAUUGAGGACGAUGGAGACCAAUUUGAAUUUGAACAACAUCGCCAAAGUGUGAAUGGAUUGUCGCAUUGUGGAAAGAGAUCGGGUUCCGAUGAACACAAUGCACGGUGCCUACUGCAUGUUCCAAUGAAUGAAAUGCUGUCCCCGUAUCAUUAUCCAACGGUGCCAGUGGGUUCCAGAAUUGAAUCCGAGAACCAGAGUCUGUCAAGUGAUGCUAUGACGGAAGACACUCUGUCAGUAACCACUGACAGUGCCUUGACUGAUGAUGCAUCAUCCAGAUGUAGUGGAAGAAGGAAGUGUACUUCUCGAAACAAGAAGUCAGCCCACCAUGAUGGGCUUCCACUGAUGUCUAAUUUUAUUCCACGGACUCAGCGAAUUCCCAAGGAUGCAAGACACCCUAGUAAUCCUGAAGAAUUUGCAAAGAUACUGAUUGAGAAACUGGAAAAGGUCAAGCUUGAGCGGGAGCUUAACGAGAGAGAAGCCCACAACUUGUCUACUCAUUUGGAGGCACCAAGGAAGUCAAUUCUCCAACAAGCCAUUGAAGCAAGUCAAAAGCUUCCUCUCAGCACCAUGGCAAUGUCAGUUGUUUCUGAGCCUGCAGCUACUUAUAGAGAAGCUCACCAAAAUGAAAAUCCUGUUGCUGGAGUAGAAAGUUGUGGAUCUACCACCUCUGCUGCACCAGUAGCUCUGGAUUCAUACAAUCGUUGCAACCAGCCCCAGCAAAUUCCAAGGACAAAACCACCAGCUCCUGAGUUGAAAGAAACAGCAGUUGAACUGCAACCCAGCAACCCUGCCAAGGAUGGUAAUGUUUGGGAAGUUCGUCCUACCCGCAAGGAUGACAACAUUCCUUUCCUACCUGUCAAUCGUCAUCGCAUUUUGCAGUGGAUGGAGGAAGGUGAGCAGGCUCAACGAAGUCCUUCUCGAGAGUCCAAACCCCACCGUCAUCAUUCUCCUUCAGCAAGAACAAGCGCAAGGAGCAGACAGUCAACUGCUGGCUCUAUCAGGCAGCCAGAAAAGAGUUCAUCUCGUCAUUUACCUAACCAACCCAUUGCUUCUGAUCCUCUGAUGCCCCCUCUUCCUGCACCUCAUGCUUCGUCUGUCUUGGAGGAAACCAAUAGGAGGUUAAUAGAACUGAAAGAGAGUGAGAGACGGAGUAAACAUCAUGCAAAGCAAAGGUCACAUGUAGCGGACACGGACACCUCAUACAGAGAAAAAAACAGGGCAUCAUCUUGUUGUUCUACAACGGACUAUUCAAGUUAUGGACAAUCCUCUUGUGCAGUUCAUGAGCGACAUCACAGGGGUGCACCCUCUGUAACAGGCUCAUCAUUGAUGUCAUCUGUAUCACAUUCUGAUUCAAUUAGUAAAGACAGUGGGUUCAGUGGAUCAGUAAAAAGGAAGGACAAACAUAAUAAUAACGAUGACAUGAUAACAGUAACAUACUACUUAUGGGGAGAACCCAUUCCUUAUAGAACAUCAGUUCCUGGAAAAUCUGUUACUCUUGGGCAGUUUAAAACUUUGUUACCUCCAAGAAGAGGAAAUUACAGAUUCUGUUUCAAGACAUCUUCCGAUGACAUAGAGGGCGGAGUUGUUUAUGAAGUAGUGAAAGAUGACAAUGUUGUUUUACCGACUUUCGAUGGCAAAGUGGUGGGCAAAGUAGAGAGAGUGGACUCUUAAGUGCUCAGAAAUUCUUACCAUUUUUAAGACGAAAUUGUACUUUUAAUACUGAAUGUUUUAUAUUCAGAAAUGAUUUUUAAAUAUUAUAAAGAAUACAGGGCGUAUAAACCCCUUUGGAGUGCCAGAGAAUUGGCAUUGCGUUUGUAUAUAGACGUAUAAUAUAUUUGUAAAUGCUAUGUUAAUGUUGUAUAAUUUUAUGGUUACCAAGAUUAAAUAUUAUUUUCCAUAGAAAAUGGCUCAUUCAGUUUUUUUUGUUUUUUGUGUUUUUUUUCUUCCAUCCACUGAGAUCCAGGGACAGUAAGUCCUGAUGAUGGUUGUUUUGUUUAUUCAGUAACUUACCCCAAGACAAAUGGAAUUAACUACUUGGUAAUAUCACGGGAAACAUAUUAGUCCUAAUUUUGGCAUGAAAUUUCAGUGUUAGUUUCGUGUGAAAUUACAAAAUUGCCAUGGCAACGUUUGAUGCGAAAUUUCUCGAUACAAUAUACAAAUGAGAAACCCACGAUUGUAAUUGUUAUUUGAGUGUAAUUUGUCACCCAUGAUAUUAAGAGGUAAUCAAGCGGUA